UGCAGUUGAAAUCUAACUUCAUUUGACACACAAAGUUUGUUGCCUAAAAAGAAUGCCGUACACCCCAGUGAAUUCCUACGAUAAUGACCAAAAGAUCUGGAGUGGUGAGCCGGUUAAAGAAAACUUCGACCCGGACUUGUCCAUCGGGGAGAUCAUUUUCCACGAGAUGCGGCGGCAUCCGCAGCUCACUGCCCAGAUCUCUGCUACGGAGGGCACGUUGCUGACCAGAGAGGAGCUCCUGGCCAAUGCCAUGCGCGUGGCCAGCUUUAUGCGAUCGGAGGGACUGCGUCAAUCCGACAUAGUGGGCAUUAUAGGCCGGAACACCACCCACAUGCCUGCCGUGGCCUACGCCUGUUUCUUCAACGGAAUAGCUUUUCACUCGCUGAACAUUAUGUACGAUUGCGAUACGAUCGAAAAGAUCUACAAGCUCACAAGGCCUUGCAUUAUUUUCUGCGAUGGAGAUGAGUUUGAGAAGGUGCGAUCUGCGACGGCCAAACUGGACGUUAAGAUUGUCACCAUGCGCAACCAUCCGUUGGAUUCCAUAAAGAUCGAAGAGGUUUUGGCCACGCCCAUCGAGAGAAACUUCCAGCCAGCGAAGCUGGAACAGGGCAACGAUCAGACUUUGGCCAUUCUGUGCUCUUCGGGAACAACUGGAACUCCAAAGGCUGUGACCAUAACCAACAGUCGGCACAUCCUCACCAGCAUCUAUCAGCUGACCACCGCUGAUAUUCAGUACUCCCACAACACCCUUGACUGGAUCACCGGCUUGUAUAUCACCAUACACUCCGGAGUGUUCAGCGCUACCCGCAUCAUCGCGGAUAAUGCCUUCGAUCCCGCCUUUGCCAUGCGAAUCAUCGAGGAGUACAAGGUGACCUGGACCAUACAGACACCAUCCGCCAUGGCUCUAAUGAUAAACUGCCCAGAUUUUGAAACCCGCGAUCUGUCGAGCCUCCAGUGCUUCUUGUUCGGCGGAUCCCGGGCUGCGUUGGAGGUUCAGAAAGCCAUCCGGAGCCGUCUAAGCCAUGAUUGCCUGCAGUUUGCCUAUGGAUUUACCGAGCUCGGCGCAAUAGCCGCCAUCAACACUCAUUUCGACGAGAAAGCCGGAUCGGUGGGUCGAUUGGUCAAUGGGCUGAAGCUGAAGAUUAUCAAUGAUGAGGGCGUCUCGCUGGGACCGGACGAGGUUGGAGAGGUGUGCAUCAAGAACAACCAGCACUGGUCGGGAUACUACGGAAACGAAGCUGAGACCAGUUCCAUGCGAGAUUCCCAGCAGUGGUAUCACUCCGGCGACCUUGGGUACAUGGAUCGGGAUGGCUUCCUGUACAUUGUGGACCGCAAGAAGGAUAUGCUGAAGUACCAGAACAUCAUGUACUAUCCCAACGAUAUAGAAAGCGUCAUCUCGGAGAUGCCGCAGGUCGCCGAGGUCUGUGUCUUCGGGAUAUGGAGCAACACCUUUGGGGACGAAGCUGCAGCUUCUGUCGUUAAGAAACUGGGCACUGAGCUGGAGGCCCAGGAUGUGGUGGCCUACGUGAGUUCUCGGACUGAUUCCAAGUACAAGCAGUUGAACGGAGGAGCCGUCAUUGUGGGGGACCUGCAGCGGAGUGCCAAUGGAAAGACCAACCGAAUGGCCAACAAGGCCCACUUCUUGCAUGUAAAGAAUAGGAGCUGAAGGGUUUUUGCUUUUUUUGUACAGUGUAUACCACUGCCAGCAGUUGGUUAAAAUAAAAUAAGGAGCAAAAAUAGGACAUUGUUUAAGAUAAAUUAAUUUCCUUGAGAAUUUUAAUUUGCAAUACCAAAUUAUUGGUACCAAUUGCUUGGCCAUGAUAAGAAAUUGUGACUACGUUUAAUUGGGCAUUUCCAGCAUUAUCCAAUGCUAACCACUGUUUUCAGUUUUUGAGGAAUAAUAAACUAC